GAAUAGAAUAGAAAAUAGAAAAAAAUACCAUCCAUCAUCCAAUGCGAAAUGCGCAAACGAAGACUAGAAGACUAAGAAAGAAGGCGAAGACGAAGAAGAAGAAGAAGAAAAAGUCCAUCUUCCUUUUGCAUUUGGUGGUAUGCGCUUCGGACUCCGACUCUGACUCGAUCUCUCAUCCUCCUCCUCUACUCAUCCCUUCAGACCCUCUGGCUUGUGAAUCCCACGGUCCUGCCCUCUUUAUCGAGGGUUCUGUUAAGGGGUGUGUCUGACAUUGAGUUUGUGAUGCUGAAUAAGGAAUCUUGAAAGUCUUUGCUUCUCAGUUGGUCGGUGGACAAAAAAAAAAAAUGUUGGAGGGUGGUGCCAAGUAUACUGGAAUUGUUGGCCUGAAUAACCGAGAUAACAACUAUUAUGAUUUGUCCCAAGGAUUCUACCAUAAGCUUGAGGAGGGUACCAACAUGUCCAUUGACAGUUUUGGAAGCUUGCAAACAAGCAAUGAUGGAGGGUCUGUUGCGAUGUCUGUAGAUAACAGCAGUGUUGGUUCAAAUACAAAUGAUUCACACACCCGCAUCUUGAACCAUCAGGGUUUGAGACGGCGGCCAAAUGACAACUGCUCUGUGCAACAAAGUGUUAAUCAUCGAGGAAGAGUCCCACAUGCUUUGAGUGAUGAUGCCCUUGCACGAGCUCUCAUGGACAGCAAUUCCUUGACGCAGGGCCUUGAAAAUUAUGAGGAGUGGACAAUUGAUUUAAGGAAGCUAAAUAUGGGGGAGGCUUUUGCGCAAGGUGCUUUUGGUAAGCUUUACAGAGGUACUUACAAUGGUGAGGAUGUUGCCAUUAAGAUCUUGGAGCGGCCAGAAAAUGACUUGGAAAAGGCUCAACUGAUGGAACAACAGUUUCAGCAGGAAGUCAAGAUGCUUGCUACUCUAAAGCAUCCAAACAUUGUUCGUUUUAUUGGGGCCUGUCGUAAACCAAUGGUUUGGUGCAUUGUGACAGAGUAUGCCAAGGGUGGUUCAGUUCGGCAGUUCUUAGUGAAGAGACAAAGUCGUGCAGUUCCACUAAAAUUGGCAGUUAAACAAGCAUUGGAUGUUGCAAGGGGAAUGGCAUAUGUCCAUGGGCUAGGGUUGAUACACCGGGACCUAAAAUCUGACAACCUCUUGAUUUUUGCAGACAAAUCUAUCAAAAUUGCUGAUUUUGGGGUUGCCCGGAUUGAGGUGCAGACAGAAGGAAUGACACCAGAGACUGGGACAUACCGCUGGAUGGCUCCCGAGAUGAUUCAGCACAGGCCUUACACUCAGAAAGUGGAUGUUUAUAGCUUUGGAAUUGUUCUUUGGGAACUGAUUACGGGGAUGGUUCCCUUCCCGAACAUGACGGCUGUGCAGGCAGCAUUUGCAGUAGUCAAUAAGGGUGUUCGUCCGAUCAUUCCAAAUGAUUGCUUACCUGCUCUUGGUGAGAUCAUGACCCGAUGCUGGGAUGCCAAUCCUGAUGUCAGGCCACCCUUCACCCAAGUUGUCAGAAUGCUCGAGAUUGCAGAGACUGAGAUCAUGACUACUGUCCGCAAAGCCCGUUUCCGCUGUUGCAUGGUCCAACCAAUGACAGCUGACUGACCUGCUGAAAAAAAGGAAAAAAAAAUUGAUAAAAGAAAACAGCUGAAAAGAAAAAGCAAGACAAAAAAAGGAGAAAAAAGAGGCAAGAGAAGUGUCUUUUUAGAUCAUAGCCUCGUGUAUUUAUCAAGCUUAAUUUUAUCCUUUUUUUUUUAUUUUUUUUUAAAUUUUUUUAAGAUAGAAAAAAAGGGAAAGUUAUGAUAAUGAAUAUUUGGUUUUGCAUAUUAAUCCUUUAUGAAUGCUCUGUGAACAUUCAAUUUCGUUA